AUGGCUUGCUGCGGUGGUGCUAUUUCUUCCGACAUGCGGGCUACCGUUACUGAGGUGCCCGCUACCGCGAACGCUACUGGCCCCGGCUACAGCAUUCAGGGCUACGAGGACCUCAAGUACACCUACUCGUUCGUCGACAACGUCUUCGACCAGAAGAAGGAGGACCUCGCUUCCUACUACCAGAAGUGGGGCCGCGUUCUCUGCGUUCUUGACGAGAACCUCAACGAGAUCUACGGUGACUCGAUCAGGGCUUACUUCAACGCCCACAACAUCAAGCCCACUCUCCACGUCUUCAAGGGCGGCGAGCUUCACAAGACCAUGGACACCAUGCUCGGCUUUGUCGAUGCCAUGGACCAGUUCGGUCUGAUCCGCAAGGAGCCCGUUCUGAUUGUCGGUGGUGGUCUCGCCUCCGAUGUGCUCGGCUACGCCUGCGCCUCGUACCGCCGAUCGACCAACUACAUCCGUGUCGGCACCACCCUCAUUGCCCUGAUCGACGCUGCCAUCUCGAUCAAGGUCGGCAUCAACCACAAGAAGCUCAAGAACCGUCUGGGUGCUUACCACGCUCCCAUGCACACCUUCCUCGACUUUGACUUCCUCAAGACGCUUCCCAUCGGCCAGACCCGCAACGGUACCGCCGAGCUCAUCAAGAUCCUCCACUGCACUGACAAGUACACCUGGGGUCUGCUCGUCAAGUACGGUGAGGACCUCGUCAACACCGCCUACGGCCGUAACGCCACCGGUCCCGGUGCCAAGGAGCUCAAGGAGGCUGCGGACACCAUCUGCCGCAACGCCAUCAAGGGCAUGCUCGACCUCGAGUCGCCCAACCUGCACGAGAUCGGUCUUGACCGUGUGAUCGCCAACGGUCACUCGAUCUCGCCCACCCUUGAGCUUGCUCCCUUCCCUCCUCUGCGUCACGGUCACGCCGUGACCAUCGACAUGGCCUGGUCCAUCACCCUCGCCCACAUGCGCGGCUACAUCUCGGACGCUGACCGUGACGAGUGGUUCGGUCUGGCCAAGAGCGUUGGUCUCUCGGUCGACCACCCUCUGCUCACGGAUGCCCUCAUCCUCGAGGGUAACGAGGCGAUCAAGAAGACCCGUGACGGUCUGCAGCGAUUCGUUCUCGCUAAGCCAUUGGGCAAGUGCGUUUUUGCCAACGACAUCUCGGAGGACGAGUUCAUCAAGUCGCUCGCUGUGCACAAGGCUUACGUCAGGAAGACCGGCCGCGGCGACGGUGUCGGUCUCGACGCCUACGCUGAUGCCGGUGACCUUGGCGCUGAUCCCGAGGCUCUCCUCAGGGAGCGCAAGGCCGAGGCUUCGCGUGUCAACGGCACCCAUGCUUCGAGCGAGCAGAAGGCUCACAUCGCUCACCAGGCCGCCAGCGCCGUUGCCGCAUAA